AUGUCUUCGAAUAACCCUCCAGCGACUCCAGGGAAUCAAUGCCUAGAGCAAAGUGAGGAAGUACGAAAUUUACUAAGUGCUGUCCAAGAGCGCCUCAUAGCCUUUAUCCGAUCUGCAGAUCAAGAUGACUUUAGCUCUGCAAAAGUUGAGGACGCCCCAACACACAGGUCGGCAUUGGUUCAGCCCAUGAAACCAGACGAGCUGCAAGCCGCUCUGAAUCUCGAAAUUCCUUCUUCCGGCCAAGGUCAGGACGGCCUCCUUCGAAUACUCGACCAGCUGCUACAGUACUCGGUAAACACAUGGCACCAAGGGUUUAUGGACAAACUGUAUGCAUCCACCAAUGCUCCGGGUCUCGCAGCCGAAUUGAUUAUCGCUUCGCUGAAUACAAAUGUUCAUGUAUAUCCAGUGUCCCCUGCACUUACAGUUAUUGAAAAGUAUACUGCAAAGCAACUGGCAGCACUUUUUGAUUUGAAUGGGCCUCGGGCCGGAGGCAUAUCGGCUCAGGGAGGCUCAGCUUCCAAUACCACCUCCAUAGUCAUCGCUCGAAAUGCAGCGCAGAUGCUCGGGUUUGGAAGUAAUGCUGUUUGGAACGUGCCAGUCGACCGAAAAGGCCAAAUGAUCCCCAAAUCUCUAGAGGAUCUGAUUGUCAAAGCAAAGAGCGAGGGCAUGACACCGUUCUACGUUAAUGCCACUGCUGGGACGACAGUUCUCGGAUCAUUUGAUCCCUUGGAGCAAAUUGCGACCAUUUGUCGGAACCACAACCUUUGGUUUCAUGUUGACGCUUCCUGGGGAGGUUCAUUUGCAUUCUCUAGAAAGCAAAGAGCAAAACUUGCCGGCGCACAUCUGGCAGACAGCAUCACGGUUAACCCGCACAAAAUGCUAGGUGUACCAGUGACUUGCUCAUUCCUACUGGGUGCAGAUAUGACCAAAUUCCACCGUGCAAAUACUCUACCAGCGGGUUAUCUGUUCCAUAACGAUUAUUCAGCCGCCGACGUGAAUGGCAAUGCAACUAUACCCAAACUGGAGUGCGAGCCUCCCGAAGUCUGGGAUCUGGCUGAUUUGACAUUGCAGUGUGGCCGCCGAGCCGACUCACUAAAGCUCUUUUUGAGUUGGACUUACUAUGGCUCGGAGGGGUAUGAACGUCAAAUUGAUUCCGCCUGUAAUCUGGCCGCUUACCUUGCAGCUGCCGUGUCUGAUUGCCCAAACUUGCUCCUCAUCAGCGAGAACCCACCCCCCUGUCUCCAGGUUUGUUUCUACUAUGCUCCUAACAAACAACCCGUCUUCCGCCGUGGCCAGGAAAUUGAGGGUAAACAAAUUGACGAGGAAGAACGAAGCAAGCGAAACAGCAAAAUAACCGAAGAAGUAGUGCAAAAGCUAGUCCGUCGCGGGUUUAUGGUUGACUUCGCGCCACCAGCUGGAGACCAUCCGCUAGCUGGCGAUGGGAAAUUCCUCAGGUGUGUGCUAAAUUUACAGACAAAGAAAGAAACAGUUCAUGCCUUGUUGGAUGCUGUUUUGGCCGUUGGGUCAGAGGUUGUUGGACAAUGUGAGCGUGAGAAUGCAAUCAAUGUCCCGGAAACCUUUGCAGGAGCGAAGCCAUUCCGUAUGGGAAAUCAAGGAGAGCGUGGACAUGGGCCGGUCGUUCAUCAUUGA